UGACAGGUGAAUUUAUAAAAAGAACUAGUGUCAAAAAAUGUGCGAGGCUGUGUGCGUAGCUGUCCGUUGCGUGUGUGCGUCGCGUUACGUUGACAGCUGUCAGUGAGGAUUCAAAAUGGCAGAGAAAGUCAGCUGAUCGCAAGUUUCCCCGCGCAGGGCAGCAAGCAAGCGGCGAAUCAAGCGCAUCAUGCAGGUGUUCGGCGAGUGGGCGCAGGUGGAGGUGGUUGAACUGGUCAACGACGGGUCGGGGCUGGCGUUCGGCAUUGUGGGCGGGCGCUCGUCUGGCGUCGUCGUCAAGAGCGUGCUGCCGGGGGGCGUCGCUGACCGGGAUGGCCGACUGCGCAGCGGCGAUAUGCUCCUACGCAUCGGCGCAGUGUCGGUGGUGGGGAUGUGCGCGAGACAAGCCGCUGCCGUGCUGCGCCAGUGCGGCGCAUGCGUGCGUCUACUGGUGGCAAGACCCUCCCCCGCCCCUGCGUCCGGGUAUUCUCGACAACCUUCACUCCAGUCCCUAGGAGCAUCAUCAGCGCCUGUGGUCCCGUCGCGCCUGCUCGCCGACCCCAUAGAGCUGGAGCGCCGGCUCGCGGAGGCCGGCCACGACGGCUUCGGAGCCCUGUGUGAGGACUCCGCCCCGCCACCUUCGCCGCCACCAGCCAUUAUCGAGGAGCGCUUGCAUUCCAGGCCGGUAGCGUCGAUAGUGGCGGUGGUACCGCGAGGUGCGCUGGCGCCGUCGCCGCGCCCGCCGCAGUACGUGCCGCCGCCCGCCGACCCGCAGCCGCCACCAAUGAGGUUACCGCUGGACAUGGCGGUGCGUGGCACUGGCGAACCUGAGACGCUCAGCUACGAAGUGUCCCUCAAUAAACACUCCGCCCUCGGGCUGGGUAUCACCGUCGCCGGAUACGUCUGUGAACAAGAGGAGCUGAGCGGAAUCUUCGUGAAGAGCAUCAGCGAAGGCAGUGCUGCUGACCUCUGUGGGAAGAUACAGGUCAACGAUAGGAUUGUCGAGGUGGAUGGCGUGUCACUCCAUGGAGUAACGAACCAUAAGGCAGUCGCGUUACUUCGCGACGCUAAAGGUCCCAUCGUCAGGCUCAAAGCUUUAAGGUAUCUCCGCGGAGCGGGGUUUGAGAAGCUACAGAGGGCGCUAGCUGCACAAGAUGGCCGCCGGUCGCCGAUACAACCGCCAAGCCCCUCCGUCACCUCACUCGCCAAAUAUAGCUUUAGUGUGUACGACGAAUCAACAGUGAUAGAAGCGGAACCAGACUCAGAGAUCCAACCUCACUUGCCCUCACCGACCUCUCCCUCUGAGGAGGCGGAGAUCGUGAUAGGGAGGGACGACGAGAUGUCUGAGAGGGAAGCCCGGAGGAUCCAGGACAAAUGGCGGGACAUACUGCUGGGGGAGCGCGACUGGCCCGGACACCAGUACGAAUACGAUAUCAUAGUGGGAACGAUAAUAAAAGAGAAAGACAGCGGUCUCGGCAUCUCUUUGGAAGGCACUGUCCGGGUGGUAGCAGGCAAGGAAGUCCAGGCGAGGCAUUACAUCCGGGCCAUAGCACCUAACGGACCUGUACAUAGAUUGGGGGUUUAUCAAGUUGGAGAUGAGCUUCUGGAGGUAAAUGGCUGGCGAGUACUAGGCGCACAUCACGUGGAGGUGGUGACAAGACUGAGAGCCGUGACGUCACCGGUGCGCCUGGUCGUCGUCAGGAAAAGGAGUGAGCUGCCAAGGGAGGAGCAGCAGAAGAAUGAGCAGACGAGCUUCGCUAGGAACAGCGUCUUGGGCGGCAGUCUUCAGGACCUGCUGACUCCGCCGCAGAGGCUGAUCAAAGCCAAGAGUGAGAGCUCUGUGGCGUCGCUCUGCAGUGCCACCACCGUCAUGUCUACUGGGCAUGAUCAUGAUGAAUUUUGCUCUGAGGACUUAGAAAAGAACCGGUCGAGGUCGCUGGAGCCUCUAAGCGGUCUGGCGAUGUGGAGUGACAACAUUGAGUACAUCCAGCUGCUGAAGGAAGAAAGGGGGCUAGGGUUCUCUAUCUUGGACUAUUUGGAUCCAUCAGAGCCCGGUAGCUCAGUGAUCGUAGUGCGAUCAGUGGUGUCUGGCGGCGCGGCGGCUGCUGAUGGGCGGCUGGCGCCGGGAGACCGGCUGAUCUCCGUCAACGGCCUAGAUGUAUCGAGGAGCGCUCUAGCUGCUGCUGUUAGCGCCAUCAAGAGUGCACCCAAAGGAAUUGUGACAAUAGGCGUUGCAAAACCUCUGCCUUGCAGCACAGUGGUCGGCGGUGAGAAAGCCAACGGGCAAAGCAUGCAAGGAAGUCAGGAAUGCAUAAACUCUCUGGCUUCUGACGACCACACCGGCAUGGAUUCCUUCCACGAGUGCCUCCAGGAGUACGGCGAGGGUUUGGAGGUCGUCCAGAUCUGCCUUGAGCCUGAAGACUCCUCCAUCAAGGAUGAAGAGCUCUCCGCCUUAGCAGACCUCAGUUUUGAUGACCUAAACACUAAGAACAAACCAAGUCCAAAACACGAUGGCACUACGGACCAAAUAAAUGGAGAAAUCGUUAAAUCGAAAUCCGAGGAGUCUCUGCAAGAUGACGAUAUGACAAUAACAGAAGACGAUGUCUUAGUCGCACCGAGAGAACUCCCUGAUACGAGAAGUAAAUCAGCUGAUAGAAAAGGCGAAGGAGAACGGUCUCUAUCCAAACAGCAGAGUAAAGAUAUCUCCACAUCAGAUGAAAUGGUUUUCGCUGUAACACCUACAGGACUAGAAAGGAUAAGUUUCGACAAGUAUUGGAAAGAAGAUGAAAGUGUUGCAAAGAAUCUAGAAAAGGUUAAAAGCGAUGAAAGUUGGAAGGAGUGUCUCAAUUCACCAACAGACGAGAGUAGCUUCUACGACGCCACAACAAGAAUAUCUACCCAGGACGAGAACAGUUCACUUUUAUAUAUCGACCAUGAAAUCGACGGCUACGAAACAUGCUUAGACGAAGACUCGUCUGUAAAGUGUACGAUAAAAAACGGUCGUAAACUAAACGGUGAUCGUGAGAUCAAAGAGACUGGUAAACAAGAUAAAAUAGCUAUUAGAAACAAAGACAACGACGCAAGUGCCAAAAGUAUUCCUAGUGUAGACGAGACAACAUACGGACAUCCUUACGUGCAAGAGCAUAUUAUAAAACAAAUGAAAUCACUUCGAAUAGAGCCCUUAAAUAUAAAUAUAAGUCACAAAAAACAUAAGAAACGAAGUCCUACCAAACCGUCCAAGACUGAACGAAAAUGCGUUGAAUAUUACAACGACCAAGAUGAAACUCUAAAAGAAAUAAGACAGAAAAAGUUAGAAGAAGAAGAGAAGAAAAGUAAAGAAGAACAGAAAAAGAUUUUGCAGAACAACAUCGCGGCGAUGGAGAAGAAACUACAGUUGAAGAAGCAGGAACCUAGUGAAGAAUCGACGGACUUAGAAACGAAUUAUGUACCAGGAUGCCAUAAGUGCUUCUUAGAAAACUACGCGUAUGCGAUAACGAAAGCGUAUAUAGCGGAAGCGAGUGCGUGUAAAUAUUGUGAGGUGAUAAGGGACAUGUUAGAGGCACCGAAGACCAUGCCCGAUAGAAGAAUGUCUGCUCCAGCGCUGGUCAACUUGGAGAGUCCAGGGUCGGAGACGGAAGAAGAUGACUUCCUCAUGGUACCAGUGUCUAAGGACAGAAGAAAGUCGGCUGGACCGCUGAAGUUUAUAGUGCCUUCAAGAAGAGCUAGUUACGUGCCACUGUCAACUAUGACGGUGACAGUAUCACCCGAUCGUCGCGCAGAUUCCAUUGUGGCCCAGCGCUGGGGGCCACCUAGGAAGGUCUCCCUCAAGAGGACUCCGGGGGCCCCGCUUGGUGUCAGCAUCGUCGGUGGGAAGGUUGACAUAGUAUCUAACGACAGUGAUGAUGGAGAAGAAAAGGCCAUAUUCGGCAUCUUCAUCAAGAAUGUGGUUCCUGAUAGUCCAGCUGGGAACUGCGGAGAAUUACACACCGGAGACAGGAUCCUGGAGGUGGACGGCGCAUGCGUGAGGUCAGCUCAGCACGAGCGCGCGGUGCAGCUGAUAAAAGCAGCCGGUGACAAGGUCACUUUGACCGUCCAGAGUCUUUUGGCUUGGAACACAGACUCGUCUGACGUGGAAGCGACGUCAUCGCCACCGCCGACUCCUGCGCAUACGAGGAAGAGCCCCGCUCCGCCGCCGCCGAUUGACGGCACUCCUGAACAUGAGAUCAAGAUAACAGUAACCUCCGAGCCUGACUCAGAGAAGGAGACUGGAGAAGAUACAGAGAAAGAAACAGAGAAGGAGUCAACUUCUGAAGCAGAGAAGCCUCCUAAGCCGGUGUACUCUGAUUCCGAGAGCAGUGACGAAGAAGACGAGAGAGACCUCGGAGGGAGAACUUAUUCGGAGAAAGGAGUUGAGAUCGACCGUGCUUCAGCCGGAGCAGUAAAAAGGAGUAAAGAAGAGAAGGAGGCAGAUAGAGAAGAAGAAGACGACUUCGGCUACACCACAAAUAAAAUCCGUAAGAAAUACGCGUCUUUGGGAGACAGUGUCCUGGCAGUGAAGUUGGAGAGGAGCCCCAAAGCUGGUCUGGGGCUGAGCCUGGCAGGGCAUCGGGACCGCAGUCGGAUGGCCGUGUUCGUGUGUGGACUGCACCCCGCCGGGGCGGCCGCGAAGGCACAACCACCCGUCAAAGUCGGGGACGAGAUUCUGGAGGUGAACGGCAUAGUGUUACAUGGAAGAUGUCAUCUAAACGCGUCAGCCAUCAUCAAGGGUCUGGUCGGACCUGUCUUCAAGAUCAUCUUGCUCAGACGAAAAUCGGCCCUGGAGGAUGUAGCGGUGAAGCCUUUAACGCAGUUCCCAGUGGCAUUGGAAGAAGAGUCGGAGGACCGGUUUGCAGGUUACAAAGGCGUCCGGGACAUUACCAUCAAAAAGGGUCCGUCAGGUCUGGGCAUUAUGAUCAUCGAGGGUCGCCACACGGAGGCUGGCCGUGGGAUAUUCGUCUCGGAUCUCCAAGAGGGAAGCGCUGCGGAACAGGCUGGUCUUCAAAUUGGUGACAUGAUCCUGGCAGUCAACAGAGAUUCAUUGCUGAGCUGCAGUUAUGAUGCGGCGGCGGCGAAGCUGAAGCAUACGGAGGGCGUGGUGGUGCUGACGGUAUGCAGCCCCAACAUGAAGGAUGAUAAGACUGAAGAGCCCUCCGGGAGCUCUGGAGCCACAGCAGGUGCCUCUCGACCUGCCAGCAGGAAUCAAACCCCGGACCCCAAGACUGGCGCGUCACGACCGACGACUCCCAGGCCUGCGCCUUCGCCUGUUAGAGCGGAACCACCCCCGGACCCAGCGACGGCACAGAUCAUCCCCAACCAGGACACAGUGAUAGAGAUCACGCCAGCUACGGAGAUCCUGGGCAUCGCCUUGUUGGGCGGCAGCGAUACUUUGAUUGCCGGUGCAGCAGCAAUAGUCUUGGAUAUCCACAAGAACGGGGCAAUAGCCAAAGAUGGUAGACUGAAAGUUGGAGAUCAGAUCUUCGAGUGCAACGGGAUCGCUAUCACCAAAGACAUGGCUCACGAGAGACUCUGUUUAUCUGUUAAACAACGUGCUCCUAAGCUAAAAAUGACAGUGCACCGUGUAGAGCCGAUAAAAUACGACGAUAUUGAAGUGGAGCUGACGAGGAAGGCGGGACGAGUGCUCGGCUUGACGCUGGUGGCUUUCAACUCAGGCACAGGAGUCUACCUUGGGGAUAUGCUCCCCGGAUCCCCAGCGGAAAUGGACGGUCGUCUCCAGAAAGGUGACAUCCUGAUGGCCAUAGAUGGCCAAGACCUAUCAGCUGCUGACUUCAUCACAGCCGCUUCAUCUCUCAAACUGAUCGGCAAUAAGGUCUCGGUGAAGGUCAAACGGUUCAAGUGUGUUAGGUAAUUGUUCGGGUAGGAUUACUAUAACCGUAACUCUUCAGAAUUAAGGAGUAAUCUCGCUAGAAUGGUGUUGCCUUGAUGUGAGGUUUCUAGUUAAUUUUCACGGGUUAUACAUGUCGUUGUUGUAAAUGAAGAAGAUCGUGUAGUUUUCAAAGGCGAGGAAUAACAAAAUGACAUUCGGUACCUGGGUAGUUUCCUAGAUCAAAGAUAAAUUAUGAAAUUAUUAUUACUAAAUAAACAUAGAUCUGAAGGUGACAGAAAACGUUUUCUAUUUUCUAUUUAUGAAUUUUAAUAAGUAAAGAAACAUUUUAUCACGUAUUUUUAUGACGUCAUAUGUUAUUUUUUCAUACAAAUUCCAUAGUAAUUUCGUGUUUUGACGUUUAGUAAAAAGUAAACGAUUUGACUAGUUGGAAACUACCCUUUUAGAUACCUACAUUUUGUUAUCUAUCUUUGGUACAGUAUGUGAUCUGAGGUUUAACCUGGAGAUUUCACCGAUCGCGACGCCAUCUUGGAAAAUGGCGCCUAAAAUCAAGAAAUAGUAAGAAGAUUAGACGAUCCCAGUGCAAAGAUUGGUAGUAGUAUUUAAAUCCAUUUUUUUUUAUUUCAUCCAUAAUCUAAUAAUGUAUAUGAUUGCAUGUUCCAUCUUUAUACCAAACAAAAAAAAAAUCGUAGUGCUUUUUUUACAAUGAAAAAUACCCGAUCUUAUUCACAACAUAGAAGUCAAUAGAAAUGACAGAAUAAUGAAACCAAAUACAGUGUUAAAUAUUGCCUAUUCUUAGAAUAAAUACUGUCCGAAUACGAUAAUUUAUUUAUACUUGAUAUUUGUGACUACGUUCCCGAUUAGGCUAGUCAAAGGUACCUACUUCCAUCGCGAGAUGAACUAACAACCUUCACCGAGCUUUCUGUUAGACCAACGUGAUAGACAGCCAUUUCGCCGUCUAGAAUGGUCAAGCCAACUGUGUUAGUGAAAAGUGCACGAAGAAUAAAUUAAUAAUGUAUUUCAAUUCAAACAAAGAUGGAGUUUUGUAAUUUCUUUAUUGUUUUCUUAGAGUGUUGGUGGCCAUAAUAUAGAAAAAAUUCAUUCGCGUCAAAAUAGUUAUUAUUGUAUACUGAAUAGCACAUCAAAAGAAAAAAAAAAAACGUUUCAACCCUUGUUCCAACUUUCUAUUUAGUGGUAUGAAACUUGAUUUUAAAUAUUCAUUACUUACUUAAAAAAGAACUCGUUGUUUUGUAAUAAUUAAUUAUUUAUUUUAAUUUUUAAUCACAAUGAUUGAAACCCAUUUAUGAAGGUAUAGAGGAUUUUGAUGUGCUGUCGUUUUUUCUGGUCUUCCUCCUUUUUUUACUAUACCUACCUAUGAAACAUAAAAAAUCAAAUGAUCAAAAAAGAAAAAUAAUCUUAAGGAAGUUAUUACAUAAGUGAAUAGACAAUAAAUUAAUUCCUUGCUAUUUUCAUUAUACUCUCGGAGACUAUAGAAACAUCUUUUAUCUCUUUUGAUUCAAAUAUUUUAGCCCCAACAAGCUCCCAUCAAUUCAUUAAAAAACAAAUUAAAUAAAAAAAAAACAAUUUUGUUACCAAAGUUAAAUGUUAAUAAAUAAUAAAAAAUAAUGUAAAAAGAUUCGUCUUUCUGUCCAUUACUUUGACCAAACUAAAAAUAUUAGUCGUAAUAAAUUCACAUUUCUAAAAGUAAUUUAAAAUAUACUUAGUUGCAAAUAAAACAGGAAUGCAAUCCAACAAAAUUAUUUGUGGGUUUUACAUUUAAUUUGAAUACUAAUAAAUAUGUGUUUAGAGACAAUGUAGACGAAUAAAAUAAAACAUGCAGUAUUGAUUAAAUAUUUAAGAUCUGAUUAAGUUGAUUAAAUAAUUAAUUAAUAAUAGGAAUAAUUUCGUAUGCAAUAGUACUUUAAGUUAGGCCGAAAUAACCCUUUGGGUGUAGCCUGUACGGUAUUACAGUAUUUAAUUUAAAUUACAUACAGAUUAAAUGUUUAAUAAUUUAGAGAUACCAGUUGGAUUACCUGAGGAUUUUAAAGAAGGUUAAAAAUCUUAUUUAAAAUAUAUUUAUGUUGUGUUUCUAAUUAAUAUUGCAUUUAAUGCUAAUUUAUUUUUUUACAUUUAAAUUCUUUUUUGUUUUUUGUAAAUAUUAUAUCAAUUUUAGAAAAUUUUUAGUUUAAAAAAUAUUGUUUAACAAUUAUUGGGAAAUAUAGUAUAAUAAAAAAAUACCUAUUUAUAGAAUAGAAUAUUGAUUCAUUUUCAAUAAUGUUCAAAUAAUACUAAUAUUCAAAACAAAAAGGGAUUUAGUUUUAAAAAUACAAUGAUUUUUUUUAUUUUGUAGUUAAAAGAAUAAUAAUAAAAAAUCUAGUCCCUUCUCCUGUACAGUUAUUGAUGUCAUUGUCUGUUCUAUAAUAAAUUGCUUUCAAAAUUAAAAAAAAAAAAUAAUAAAUAGGCUUCAUAUUCCUGUCAUUCUAUACCAUUUUAGAAAGCUAGGUCGAACGGAAAAAAACGUAGGGUGUUGCCAAAAUUGAUAAUUUACCUACUUUUUGAACGGCUUCGUUGACAAGGUUUUGGCACCCAUAAAGUACAAUUCAAGUUACCCUGCACUUAGGUUUGCUAGUGGUGAAUAAGGAACUUACGCAAUGACUAGACAGAUGCCAGAAUUGUGAUGUGUUUGGCUUGAUGAAUAUUACAAAAUCAUUAUUAUACAUCUCACUGCUGGUUACUAUCUCGUUGUUCGUAAGUGGCAACUCAUUUUAUAGCGCUUUGGUGGAUAUCAGCUCCGCCGCGCCGUAAAGAAGCGUGUGUACGCCAUACGCUUACUGUACGCGGUUUGAUAAAUCGUCUAGAUAAAAUCUUGUCUACUCAAUAGAUUUUUAUCAGCAUCGACCGCCAGUGACAAAUAAAAUCACAACUCAAAAUGUUUGCCAUAUGUGCGACAUCGUAUCGUGAUGCAAUGCGUAGCAAAAUUUGUGACACUGAUUAAAAAAGUGACUAAUUCUGUGUUUGACAUCUGUCCAGCAGUCAUAAUAUUAUUAUUGGACUUAAACAUUUUUGCAACUUAAGUGAUCCUUAAAGAUAGUUUGAGUUUUAAAAGCUCUUUAAACGAUGAUUGAUUUCAAAAUUACAAGCUAAAAUAGCUUAAAACUUGCAACUGACACAAAAGUUAGAAUUUCAUUUAAAUACAAUUAAAAAAAAAGAAUGAAUUGCGUAGCAUAAUUCUAAAAUGUUGUAAAGUGUAUAAAGUGUGUUUUCCUCUGUCAUUUUUUAAUAUUAAUUAAUUGUAAAAUAGUUGUACGUAAUGAUAAUAAUAUUUCGUAGAGAGGCACUGAUUGCACUUUUUUUUCUGCAUAGAAAGUAUGAAGUCAUGAUAUAAUAAUUUAUGGCAUUAUUUAUUUUUUUGUAAAUUCAAAUUGACUUUUUAUUUGCGAAAGUUUUUGAAACAAUUAUAACCAUAAUUAAAAACAAAAAAAAUAUAUAUUUGUAAGUACAACUUUUGUUUAAGCAAUAAAAUGAGCACCACGUUACAAUCAUAAAAGUGUUGACCAAUUUGUAAACCUUUUAUUUUUUAAAUAAUUUUAGUGACCCAAAAACCUCUAAAUAUUAUUUAUGAGUAGACUUUAUUAUUAUAAUUUUCCAUGGUUUCAAACCACAAUAAUUAUAGUAUUUCCUGUUAAUCUUUAAGUAGCCAUUAGCGAAGCCUAAAACACAUCAGUGAGAAUAAUAAUGUCAAAUGCCUUAAUGUGAAUCUAUAGAGUUUUAGUCAAGUCUAAAGCGUAGGUAAAUAUAUUAUUUUUAUUUAAAAACCUCUACUACCUAGCCUAAUGGAUCAAUUGGUCUAUUUUUUUAAUAAUAAAGCUUUUUAUGCUAUGAAAAGCAAGGUUUUCUUGCGUUUUUAAUAUAGUCGACCUUACUGGAUGACAUUUUACUACUUGGCUAAGCUGGGUAUAGUCAGCUUAUUUAGGAAAAAUAACAAUGACAGUAGCGACAAACAACUUAAAAAAGUACUGAUGUGUUUUAGGUACAAAUCCUAUUGAUAGUUAAGUGACCUAAUGUGAUAGUCUCGUAUUUAAGCCAAUUUUAAAUUAAAUAUCAUCUAACGGUAGAAAUAAUUUAUUGUGAAUAACUUAUUUCUAUAUUUAUUUAACUUUUGAUGGAUAAACGGUAUUUCGUAUGCGUAUGAGUGAAAUGUAUUGAAAAAAGAAAUCGAUUUGUGCUUUGUCCCUCUUAUUAUACAGUCUAAAAUAAUAAAAUAAAAUAAUAAUAACAAGUUAACAACCUAAAUUUGCGAAUGUUCUAUGAAUAUAUGGGAUUUUUUUAAACCUUUUAAGUAAAAGAAAAAUAUUUCGAAAUUAUUAUUUUUUAAUAACUUUCUAAACAUUUUAUUUGUAUCAUUUAAUUUUGAUAAAUAGCAGAAGUCAUAGAAUAUUCACAAAUAUUCUUAUUUAUUUUGUUAGUUAGACAUUAAAUUAACACGAAAAAUGUUGACACAACGUCGAUAUAUGGUUUUAUAUGUAGCGCUACUACUACUAUUUUUUUUUAUUUACUAGCGCUAAUAAAUCGAAUUAAUAAACCAAUUUGAUGUCUAAUUGAAGCAAAGAAGUUUUUAUCAAUCAAUAUUCUGCCUACAU